CUUCCGCUUUGCUGUCAAUAUAUAUAGUGUGAGUUUAUAUAUUAGGUGAGAUGGGCAGGUAUUAGUUUGGUCGUACAAUCAACAACUCUCCUUGAUUUACACACCAGAUCUGGUAGUCUUCUUCACAAGUUACAGCAAUGGCUCCUGAGAAGGUAACAAAAAUGGUGGUGGAUGUUGACCUCAAUUGUUCUGACUGCUACAAGAAGGUGAAGAAAGUCAUGUCCAAAAUCCCAGAAAUAAGGGACCAGGAGUACGAUGUCGAAAAAAACAAGGUGAAGAUCACUGUAGUAUGCUGCAGCCCUGAAAGGAUCCGAGAUAAACUAUGUUACAAGGGUGGAAACUCCAUCCAGAAGGUGGAUAUUGUUCCGGAUAAACCCAAAGAGCCUGCGGCUAAGCCCAAGUCCAAGUCCAAGCCCAAAGAGCCCGAGAAGCCCAAAGACGACGAUAAGCCCAAAAAUGACGACAAGCCCAAAGACAACGAUAAGCCUGACCCGUCCCCCAAACAAGAGGUGGCAAGAAUGGUGUAUGAGGCACCGGUUCAAGGGUAUCCGCAAAUGUACCCACCAAGUUACCCUAUGGUUGGAUACGGAUAUCAAGGCUACUGGGGGGAUCGUGGAAUGCCUGUGACACAACCAGAGCCGUCGGGAUAUUAUGUGUAUAACGAUUACUUCAGUGAAGAGAAUCCACAGGGAUGCUCCGUUAUGUAAGAUGGUGCGACGAUCGUCUACAUCUAUCUAUUUAACUAGUUCAUGAUUACUUACUUAUUCCCUUAAUUUUUUAUUUCAUAUAUGACUAGAGUCUAGAUGACGAGAUGUAUUAUUAUUAUUAUUGUUAUUGUUAUUAUCAUCAAACAUAUAAAAAAAUAAUUUAGUAUACUUGAAUGAA